UAUGUACAAUCAUAAAUGUUCAAUAAUAUAAUUUAUCAAAAGUAUAGGACUAAUCAGAAUAGCACAAAUAAUAGUGAUUGGAGAUAGAAUGAUUCCAGCCAAGAAGAAUAAUGAGAAUAUUCCAAUUUAAGAUUACUUUGAAUAUUUUUUCAUAUCAAAAUUGGAUAUUCUUUUAAAUAUUUGAUAU